AUGGUUCUCCACGUUUCUUCCUCCGUUGCUCCGCCCGUCAAGGGCCUCCCGCAGACCACACUCGCAAAUGACUGCUCUGGUUGGGAUACUCCUCCCAUGCUCGGAAACUUCCAGCCAUCUCUACAAUUGCCCUAUCAACAUUACGCAUUGAUCUACCUGGACAAUACGGGCAAGCUCAGAGUUCAGGAGUCUAGGUCCAUCCAGGAACAGAAUGAUACCGUGUUCUCUCCAGAUGCGCAGCAGAGAUUCCUCGAGAUCUUGGGGCCAAAAAUCGGCUACCAUAGACCCAUGGUCAUCAGACAAGGCAGCACCAAAUGGCGGCAUCGUGAUGACUAUCACUCCUGGCCACCAAGCCGUCUCAUGAAACGUUGCAGAAGCGUUUCUCACAGUUCUUUCCAUGAUUCCUUCUCAGAUUCUGUGGAAGAGCUUCCGCCGUACUCCCCAACGGACAUGAUCGAACUGGAAAUUGGCGACACCGAGAAGGUCAUAGCGUACUACGAAAACGCAUUAAAGCGUUUCCAGCAGCUCAACUGCCGCAAUAUCGCCAAAGCAUUCAUCAAGGCAAUCGAGCCCCGGAAGCAAGUGAGGUAUCCUUACAAUGGAGGACGCACCGGAAACCCGGAGUUGACCAAGCCUGCCUGGUGGCCCCCGGGUGUUAUCCACAAGGAACCCGACCACCUUAAGAUGGAGUACCGCAUUCCUCUACUCAUGCAUAUCCUACGCAACCUUGGGGAAUAUGGCGUUACUUCGGAUAAGCUGAGAGAAGUUGCACACGAUUCCAAGAAAACGCUUCAAGAAGGUGGUAUUGAGAUCUUGGAUGAAGUCUUUAGAGUAAGGAAGCUUGAAGAACGGUAUGAGCGUAACGAAGUCGAUGCCUCUACCAAGGUCUACGUGUUCAACUACAACUCAAACAGCUCUAAACGCCGCAAGGCCUCGCGCCCGGUCAGUGAGCUGGACCAUGACGAUGAUGUCGCAGACACUUGUGGAUUUUUGACACCGUCAUCCUCGGUGGACCACGCACCUGGCCCGAUGACGACGUCAAUGGACAACAUGGCGAUGGUUGCACACAGUCGACCGAUGCAGCUGCAAAGUGAUAGGGACCAGCUGUUCCAAAUGCCAGGCACCCUUGGCUUCGAUGGACAGACCAGACAGGAUCAUCGCCCAUAUUAUCCCGCCUCGACCGAGUACUCCGACUUUCCCGCCUCGACCGCGGCCACUGGGGUCAUCAACCAAACCGAGCCAGUUGGCUUGGAUUAUCUGACCCAAGCAACGUUCCCUACUCCAGGCUCCGAGGCCCCGAUCUCCCCUCAGAGCCGCCAUGCAUCGAUGCCAAUGCAGUCGCCGCCAAACCAAUUUCAACAGUGGAACGUCCGACCAAGUGUUUUCGGCUCAAUGGACUUCGCCUCGACUCCUGGCCAGACUAUCCACCAACCGACUAUGCCGUACCAGAUCCCCGUCUCUGGCGCUAUCAGCCACGUUCAAAUGUCCCACAGUCUUCCUCAGCUCCCGCGAGGCAACGCCCACCCGGGCUCUCUUUCGAUGAGAAACCCUCCUUUCCGCACGGGAUCUUUCAGCCAUCCCCACACGAUUCAGCAACCUCUUCACAGUGAAUCCCUCCGGGUGGAUUCAGCUAACACGACCUCCACGUCAAAGGACUCCUAA